AUGGAGGACCCAAGCCCUUACAGAAAACCCCAUUUCCCAUAUUCAGAGCUAAACUCAGCAAUUCAUCCAAACCCCAUUAAACAAGCUCUCUUCUUUGCCCUUGUUAUUAUGGUUCUUCCACUAUUUCCUUCACAAGCUCCUGACUUUAUCAACCACACCAUACUCACCAAGUUCUGGGAGCUAAUUCACCUUGUUUUCAUUGGCAUUGCUGUGUCCUAUGGCUUGUUUAGCAGAAGAAAUGUUGAAAGGGGAUUUGAGAAUCCCUCAAAUCUUGGUAGUUCAGAGUCUUAUAUGCCUAGAAUUUUUCCUGUUUCAUCGAAUUUUGAUGAUGGAUAUGAAAACCCAUGUGGGUCUGAUGAGAAAAGAGUGGUUGGGCUUGGGACUUGGAAUUCUCAGUAUUUUGUAGGUAACCCUGUUACUGUAUCUUCUCAUGAAAGCACUGGUUUUGAUGCCCAGUGCAAACCCAGUUUGCCAGUUCAUGAACAUGGUUCUGAAAAUUCAUAUGGGUACAAAGAGAAUAAUCUAACUCAAGCUUGGAGUUCUCAGUACUUUCAGGGUGAACCAAUGGUGUUUGUAGCUCAACCAAAUUAUGGUCUUAAUGAAUGGGGUAAACCCAGAUCAAUAGUUGAUUCUGAGCCAUUAGGGUUGCCUAUUCGGAGCUUGAAAUCAAGGAGUAGAAAUGGGGAAUUUGGUGAUUUGGGUCCUCUAAAUUUGGAAGAGGAAUUCAAUGAAGCUACUGCAGCACCUUUCCCAGCUCAUCGGGGUUCGAGUUCUGGAAGGAUGGAAAGGGGGAAAAGAGUAGGUAGUAGUGGUCGUCCUUCACAUUUAAGGCCACUGUCAGUUGAUGAAACUCAGUUUGAAUCAAUGAAAACCCGGGUCCUUACGGUCCACGUUGUCUUUCUCUUCCGAGUCUUCUCAAACUAG